AUGAUAAAGCUGCUGAGAAUUGGUCCCGGGUCGCGUCCUUGCACUCUGGCCACGGUGCGCCACAGCAGCAGUGAAAGUGUCAACCCUAGCCAAGCACGUGUCGUAGUGGCAGGCGCGGGUCUGCUGGGAAACUCUGUCGCGUACCAUUUGGCCGACAACGGAUGGAGCAAUGUGUUGGUGCUGGAUCAGAGCAAAAUCGGCAGUGGAACGUCACAUUUCGGCUCGGGAACGAUUGGACUGUUCAAGCCCACGCCCGAGCGUAACAUUGUGGUGGAAAGCCUGCGCUUGUACCAGAAGUUGCACCAGCAGGGUCACGAAAUCGGCCUGCGAAGAUGUGGUAGUCUUAAUUUAGCACAGACGCACGAUCGCGUGAUUGCGCUGCAACGGCGAGCCGCUUACAUCCAUCCGACCGGUGUGCAAUGUGAGCUGGUGGAUUCGGAGACGGCCAGGAAGCUGCAUCCGUUUCUGAACACGGACGAUCUGCAGGGGGCGGUCUAUGUUCCGGAUGAUUGCAUCGCUGAUCCAGCGGCCGUCGUGCAGGUGUUGGCGAGCGAAGCGCAACGAAAAGGUGUCAAAUACUUCGAAGGUUGUCAGGUGAAAUACAUCAAUACCAAAAAUGAACGCGUCCACUCGAUCGAAACAGACGUGGGCACAAUCAGCUGCGAGUACUUCGUCAAUUGUAGCGGCAUGUGGGCCCGAGAGCUUGGCCUAUUGUCAAAACCACCGGUUCGCGUUCCGGCUUAUCCCGCCCAGCACUAUUACGCGCUGACCACCAGCUUAAACCUGCCCACCGACGACGAUAACCUGCUGCCCUGCAUACGGGACUACGACGCGAAUCUGUACGUGCGACAGUUCGAUCAAUCGCUGCUCGUCGGUUGGUUCGAGAAGGAAGCCAAACCGGCGUUCGAAAACACGAAGGACAUCCCAAAAGCGUGGCAGAAGCAUCUGCACCAGGAUCACGAUCAUUGCGUGCCACUCUGGGAGAAAGCCGUCGAUCGGUUGCCGGUGUUACGCGAGCUAAGAAUGCCCACGGUCCGCAACAGUCCGGAUAACUUCACACCUGACGGGCGGCUAAUAUUUGGCGAGUCGGCUGAGGUGAAAAACUACUUCGUUGCGUGUGGCAUGAAUGGGAAUCCGCUGCAAGGAUCUGGUGGCGUUGGGAAAGCCCUUGCCGAGUGGAUCAUUAGUGGCACACCGACGAUCGAGAUGUUGCCGUUCAAUGUGCAGCGGUUUCUGGAUCUCCACAACAACCGGCAGUACCUGCAGCAGCGUAUCCGUGAGGUGGUUGGCCGCCAGUACGCCAUCCUGUACCCGAACCAAAGCGAGUACAAGUUUUCCCGGAAGUUGCGCUGUUCGCCGUUGUACAGCGUGCUGGAAGCUCGUGGUGCCGUAUUCGGCACAAAGAUGGGCUACGAACGGGCACUUUAUUUCGAUUCCGAUUACCGACGUGGUGAUCCGUUGCCAACACUUCCGGAGGGCAGCUUUUACAAACCGAAGUUCUUCCAGAACAUGGAGAAAGAGUACCAAGCGUGCGCGCAACACGUUGGCAUCAUCGACAUAUCGUCCUUUUCGAAGAUCGAAAUCAAACCCGGUGUCCAGAGCGAAACAGAAGCCGGUAGAAACGCGGUCCUGGACUAUCUGCAGUACAUGUGCGCCAACGAUGUGAACAUCACCGUCGGUCACAUUGUGCACACUGGCAUGCUGAACGAGCGCGGUGGUUACGAGAACGAUUGCAUGCUCAUCCGCCAGUCGGAGGAUAGCUUUUUCAUGAUCUCUCCUUCAUCGCAGCAGACGCGAAUCUACGAGUGGAUGUCCCGCAACCUGCCAGACGAUGCGUCCGUGCAGCUGAACGACGUCACGUCCAUGUACACCGUGAUCAACGUGGUCGGACCGAAGUCUACGCUGCUGAUGAGCGAACUUUCCAACUCGGAUGUCCGGUUGGCACCGUUCAGCUAUCGCAAGCUUAACCUGGGUUACGCGAGCGAUGUGAUGAUCAUGUCCUUUACGCACACCGGUAUGCCCGGGUACUGCCUGUACGUUCCGUCCGAGUACGCGCUGCACGUGUACGAUCGCUUGAUCACACGUGGGCGGGAUUAUGGCGCGCGUGAUGUGGGAACCCUUACGCAGCGGUUCCUGCGCAUCGACAAGUUUAUUCCGUUCUGGGGCGACGAGCUGACGAGCAUGACGACCCCGUUCGAGGCGGGCGUGUUCUACUCGGUACGAUUGGACAUUUCCCAAUUGAAGAAAAAGGAAAACUUUAUCGGCCGGCAAGCGCUGGAGCGGCAGAAGCGGGAUGGGCUGCGAAAGCGGCUGGUGCUGUUCCACGUUGAGGAUAUCGACAUUGAUAAGGACGUGUGGCCGUGGGGUGGCGAACCGGUGUACAGGAACAAUGAAUUUUGCGGUACGGUCACUUCGGCCGGCUACGGGUUUGCCUCGGAAAAGCUCAUUUGUUUGGGCUACAUCAGUCGGCCGAAGAGUAACGCGGGGAGCACCAUAACGACGGAGUUCAUAAUGGACAAGGACGCGGUGUAUCAUAUCGAUAUCGCCGGCAAACGGUUCCGUUUGACGCAACACAUCCAUCCAAAAGCGGCCAUGGCAAGCGCACUAGGACGACAGGAUUCGAACAAAUCCUACCGCCCGACCGUUGUGAAAGAGAAGAAACAAAACCAAAGCUAAAACAGCGACAACUUUACCUACUGUAGUGGAGAACCUUAUC